UAUGGUGGUAUGAAUGUCGUAUGAAUGUGCGACAACAAAUCAUUGGAGCGACAACGUAAUGAACGUAUGAAAUUUUCAUUGCAAAGUUCAUCUUUGGGUCCAAACUGAAUUUAUGUCAUGGUGAAAUUGUAAUUUUCUCUACAAGCUAUGGAUCACUAUGUUAUUGAUGCAAAUCGCAUAGUAAACGAUAUAAAAGGUUAUGUUGUACAGCUGAAAUCAAUUUACUUUGAAAAUAAAGAUCCAAUUGAUGAUAAUGAAUUAGUGCUGCAAAAGUUGUGUGUGAAAUUGGAAACUGCAUUACGGCAUGGCUUGAAAGACAAGUUCACUUUCCUUGGCGCAAGGAAAGAUUACUGGAAUUUUUUUGUGGAAUGUCUACCUAAAGAUGAAGGGACAAGAUAUGUGGCCUCCUUGUCUCAGUUGCAAACUUCCCAAGGCAAAGGCAGAGCAUUGAUCCGUUACUGUCUAGUGCAAAAGACACUGGCAGAUACAAUACAGAGAACAUUGAUGCACAAAAAGAGAAUAGAAUGGUACACAUCAGAUGCACUAUUACUCAACAGUUCACUCAGUUCUGAUUUGAUUGGGAAAUUAUAUGAUUUAAAUGAACUGGAGUUUCAUCUUUCAUGUAUGGGUUGUGACUUGGAUAUGUCAUGGCCUUCUUUUGGAAGAACAUUUACAGAUGGAUAUGAUAGAAAAAUGAGGAGGAACAGUGGUGGAAGCAUUGCUAGCACAGCAGAUUUUUUUAAUGAAAGAUCCGACCCCCUGAUUGCUUUAAAUGCUGAAAUCUCAGCCAUAAAGCUCAUGAUAGCAAAAGAGAUGGAAGGUGAAAAAGUUUCUGCUGACGAUGGAAUUUGGGAAUGCAGUAUGUCUUCAGUUGGUGAUGAUGAGAUCCCUAACAUUAAUGAUCUUACGUUAGAUUUAUCCCGUCUACAUCAAGCAUUAUUGAAAUGGAAAUCUUUAAUUGAUACGAAGCUCUACAAAGCUGAACACGAGAUUCAAAGAUUCAAACUAGAAAAUGAACGUUUAUCCGAAAGUUCUGAUGCGCAACUAAAGCAGUUACUGGAGAAACAUGAAAACUCGAGUGCUAUAGCUUCCAAAGAAACUUCGUUGCAGAUAAACGACAUGCAAAACAAACUAAGGAUUGCUGAUAUGUCGAUCAAGGAUUACCAAAGCAGUAUAGAAAACUUGAAGAAUGACCUUCAAAAGAUGUCAAUGCAACAUAAGGACUCUCAAGCGACGAUAUUGGAAUUAGAAAAACAGUUAAACAAAUCACAAGGAGUUGUGAGUGAUUUAGAGAAUGACGUUAUGAAAUCAAAAGGAAUUAUUGAAACACAGACUAUUGAAUGUAAACGUUUAACUGGCGAAUUAACCAGCUUUAAAUCGGAAAUCACGUCAUUACAUGAAAACGAGAUUAAUUAUCGUAAGCGGUUGGAAGAAACAGAGUCACAACUCACAGUAAAAACUUUGGAGAAGAAUAAAAUACAGGAAGCGUUUGAGAGUGUAAAUGGCUUGGUUUUUGCUUCUUUUGAAGAUUUUGAAAAUUUCUAUAAAUCUCAAUUACUCGAUAAAGAAAAAGGGUUGGAAUUAAAGGAAGGGGAAAAUAGAAAACUCUUACAACGCUUGAGUCAGUUGACCGAGGAAAAUGAAACUCUCAAAAAGCAGAUCACAAAAGAAGAGAAUUUAGACACUAUAGAAGAGCAAGUUAGCGGUUCUAAGGAUCUUUGGAAUGAAACGAACGACAAGUUGAAUUAUUGUUUGAAAACGAUCACGCAGGUUGAUUUGUACUUGUCAAAUUGGCUUUCACUGUGGAAAAGUGAUAAUGUAGAUGCUACGCUCGACAAUGAUGAUAUGGAGUGUAAACUAAACAAACUUGAUGUUUAUAUUAAAAGUGACAAGGAAACUUUAAAGAAUAUGUUAAAAGAAAAUAACAGACUUGAUCUUGAAUGUACAGCUGCUCAUGAGAACAAUUUAAGACUUCUUCAACUCAAUACAGAGUGCGAGGAUGAAAAAGAAAACAUUAGGAGAGAAAAGAGAGAUAUCGAAGAUAAACUUAAUGUUUUGGUGGAAGAAAAGAAGAAAUUAAAGAAGACAGUUGAUUCCUUACGCGAAGAAGCGUCUGCUUAUGAGAACCUGAACGCGAAAUUAGAAGAAGAAAGUUAUUUAAAAUUAGGGCUAGAAAACGAAAUAUCUGAGAUUACCGAACUCUUGAAAAAGAAACAAACUGAACAUGAAGAUGCUUUGGUUGAAAUUGACGCUUUGAAACUAAAUGACGAAAAAGCAAUACAUAAAUUACAGGAUUUGGAUGUUGAACGGAUCAGAUAUAAAGACGAACUUGAGUUAGCAAUAGCAAAUUUAGAUACAAGUAAAAAGAAAUGCGAUCAAUUAGAAGACGUUGUAAACGAAUCUCAUUGCGAAGUAGAAACUCUGAAGGAACAAUUGAAAGCGUAUGAAGAAAAGCUUAGCAGUUUGAAAUCAACUAUGGAACAAGAAGUAUCAUCACUAAAAUUCCAAUUGAGUUCUGAAGCUCUUAAAUAUGAUGAAGAGAUAAAGAUGUUGUCUGAAGAGAAAAGAGAAGCUUUCUCUUUACGUAAAAAGAUUGAGGAAUAUGAGGAUGUCGUAACUGAACUGGAAAAUACGUUGAAAGAUCGAAAUGAGACUUGGCAAGCAGAGAAGAAAAAAAUGUCUAGUGAUAUAAAACUGUUGAAAAAUGAGAUCAAAGUUUUAAAUAACCAUAUUGACGAAGGUAAAAAAGAUAUACUGGCAAUGGAAAAUACUCUUGCCUUAUCAAAAAAGAAAUAUGAAAAGGAACGAAACAAAAGUCUUGAAUUUAAAAAGACUAUCAAAGAAAUACAGAAUGAGAAAAGUGACAGAGAAAAGAUUUUAGAGGAAGAGAAAAGUGAACUGGAAGAAGAUAUUAAGCUAUUGAAAAGCAAGUUGGUUGCACUGUUAAGUGAUAAAUCCGAACUUUGGAAGAAGUCGGCACAAUUAGAGCAUGAUAUGAAAAGGAGAUUAUCUGAUUCUUGGGUUGAAGACAGAAAUGCAACUCGUUGUUUCCAGUGUGAGACUGAGUUUACUUUGUUUUUAAGGAAGCAUCACUGUAGAUUUUGUGGAAACGUUUUCUGUCACAAUUGUUCGGAUAAUUAUAUCAAGACAAUUCAUAGCAGAAAACCGUAUCGUGCAUGUGCCUCGUGUUACAGAAAAGAAAAAGCGUUGAAGGCAGAUCAAUCCUUGCGCCGUACAAGUAUCGAUCAAGAUGCAAGUAAUCAAAGCAUUAGCUCUCAUGAAAGUGAUAAUGAGGAGAUUUCUAUUGCAACACCUAAGAAAGGCACAGCACAUGAAAAAGCGUGGGAAAAUUUACAAAAGACUUCGACCCCAGAGUUGACUCCAAGCGACGAUAUCCAUGAAAGUUUUCAAAUAAUUGAUGAAGAAGAAAUAAGGGAAGCUUUUCUGCGUAUCACUUUACAAAAUAACGAAGAAAGCAUUAAACAUUCUUCAAUCAUAAUACCCGAUGAACCUGGAUGUGAAAAUUGGCAUGAGGUAACACUACCUGCUGGAAAACGAUACAUUGUAAAUGCUGAAACUUUAGCUGAUUCUGAACUUAUUGUUGAAUUUACGUCGUCAGAGCAGGCUAUUCUUUUUGGUGCUUCACUUGAGGAAACAGAGAGCCAGGGCGAACCUAAUAGUUUGAAAACGUUGAUUCCUUUGUGUCAAGUGAAUUCGCAUGAAAGAUGCGCAAAAAAGUAUUUAAAAACAUCAACGAGUGGCAUUCUAAUGCUACUCUUUGGUAACCAAGAAUAUCCAAAAUCAUGUCAACAAAACCUGAAAUUUCGGAUCUGUCAAAAAGAAGCAAGUACAAAAAAUGAUAGCAAUGUGAAUUGUGUUUUAUUCAUUCAGACUUAGUACAGUACAAAUUUGUUUGUACUUUUGUCAAAACAUAUGUACAUACGUACGCACAACAGCAUAGCCAGUCUGCAUAUCAGAUAAAUUUUUCUCAGUUCAAGAAAAAGACGAAUAAUAACCAACAAUCUUCGUCUGAAAACAUUCGACACUAAUCUGGCCUAAUCUAGUCAGCAUACCGUUAAUGCUCGUUUUAGUACCGCUCCCACUUAAGCACAGCUUUCGGUUAAGCGCCGCAUUUAGAAUCCAGAAAAGUUAUUUAGCGCCGCUCCCUGUUAAGCGCCGCGUCUCAGAUAUUGAUAUAGUAUAAUUUUGGUAAUAAAAGGAUAUAUUUGGUUUUUGUUGCGCAAUUAUAUGACAUUAUUUUUUGUAUUGUAUCAAGUAAAUAGAUUUUGUCUACUUGUUAUUUUUGGGGUAAUAAAUAUAUUUUAUGUGAGCCUUUAGUUGAAAAUUAUUUAAUUAGCGCCGCUCCUCUUAAGCGCCUCUCCCGGAUGAACGCCGCAUUCAGAAUCGGAAAAUUAAAUAAGCACCACCUCAGUGCUAAAUCGAGCAUUUACGGUAAUAUAGCAAAAAUAUUUGAAUAUUUAUGCUCAUAGAAGAAAAAAAACGUUUGCUAUGCGAAACGAAGCAUGAACGACCUCUGCAUUGUAUUUCGCACAACUUUUUUAGGCGCCUUUCACGCAGGCUAAGCAUUAUGCUACACUGCAAGAAAGUAGAAUCCUUCGUUCUAUACGACCACAUUCAAUUGAUCUCUACAUCAGGACUGGAUGUAGUACAAUAGUUGUAUUUUCAGUAAGCACCCUUUUAUGCACAUAUCCUGUAUGAAGGGCUUUUAACAACAUAUCUCUCACCAGUAAAAAAUCUUACAUCUUUUAAAAUAGAAGUGCAGCUGUACCAGAGAACGUUGACGCAUUUAGAGUCAGUAAAAGUUUUUCAUUAUUUUACGCGCUUCUUUUUUGAACUUUACACAAAAUUCAACUAUUUUUUAAAUCUGGUAGUUAGUCGUAUAUAUUUUAUGUUAAACAUUAAUCAUUUAAGCUGCGUUCAUGCAAGACUACUCGCAGCUGCAGGUACGCGUUGUGUACCUAUUUUUAUAUUUGAAACCAACUAUGUCUUAGCUAUAGUCGAAUGGAGAAACGUUAUCAAUGUUACCUGGUAGAUGGUAAAAAGUUAGAUAAACGCGAUUCUCUUUCUGAUCUACUCUAAUUUAGAAAUUGACUCUUUUUAUACCUGCAACUCGAUUUAAAAUAAUUGAGCAAGCGUCUUCUGCUCUUUAUACAAAUAAGAUACUUUGAAGAUUUUAAUACCCUAUUUAUUGCAUAUUUCAGAUUUUCAAUAAAUUAUUUUGUUUUCUAA